GGGUGCAGCAGAUAAAUACUCGGGGGCAUUAUUCCCCCCAUCACUUUGUUCCUGUCUGCAUCCACAGCAUCAAGACAGAAAGGGAGCAUUGAAAUAGCCAAGAUGCCUGAGAAAGCGUAA